UCAAUCACCUGCAGCAUGCUGCUGCCUUCCCAUCGCGGUCCUCCCCAGCUCCCAACCACCAAGGGCGCUGAGUCUAUGUGGCGCCCUGGUGGCGGGCCUCAGUUUCCCUCAUCGCUGCUGCAAGCUGAGUUACUGGGGCUAGUGUGCCCCAGCCCCGGGAUGCACUCCAGCAGGCAGGGGCCUCAGGGGCUCAGUGUCUCCUCCGCCUCCAGCGAAGCCAAACCUCUCCGCCCAUGCUCAGUGACCAAUGGGCUGCGGCGUGCCCGCGCGGGGCGGAGCCCGGUCACCCGGAGGAGGCUGUGCCCGGACCCGGCGGCCAUGGCAGCUCCCGAGCCUCUGUCCCCUGCGGUCGCGGCCGAGGAGGCACCGGAGGAGGAUGAGGACGACGCGGAGGCCGAGGACCCCGAGCGCGGGGCGGGCAGCGGAGGGCGCGGCUGCAGCCUUGGUGGCAUUGGAGGCAGCACGGCUGGAUCUGGGCUGGCUCUCGGGGGCGCGCUCACGAGGCGAGCGGUCACGCUGCGGGUGCUGCUUAAAGACGAGCUGCUGGAGCCCGGCGAGGGGGUGCUUUCUAUCUACUACCUGGGCAGGAAGUUCAUUGGGGACCUGCAACCAGAUGGCAGGAUCCUGUGGCAGGAAACCGGACAAGUCUUCAACUCUCCCAGCGCCUGGGCAACACACUGCAAGAAGCUCGUCAACCCAGCCAAGAAGUCCGGUUGUGGCUGGGCAUCGGUGAAGUACAAGGGCCAGAAACUCGACAAGUACAAGGCUGCCUGGCUCCGCCGGCACCAGCUGCAUAUGCCGGUAGCUGCCGCUGAUGAGAGUCCCACCAGCGAAGGGGAGGAGGAGGAGCUUCUGUUGGAGGAGGAGGAAGAAGAUGUGCUGGCCGGGGUCUCAGCGGAGGACAAAGGCCGCAGACCCCCUGGGAAGGGCCCCUCGGAGCCAGAGGCCACGCCCCCUGGCAAGCGUGUAGACAAGGUCCAGGUACCAGUACGCUACUGUAUGCUGGGCAGUCGUGACUCUGCCAGGAACCCCCACACCCUGGUAGAAGUAACGUCCUUUGCUGCCAUCAACAAGUUCCAGCCAUUCAAUGUAGCUGUUUCCAGUAACGUGCUGUUCCUCUUGGACUUCCACUGCCACCUGACUCGGAGUGAGGUCGUGGGCUACCUUGGCGGUCGCUGGGACAUCAACAAUCAGAUGCUGACCGUGCUGAGAGCCUUCCCCUGCAGGAGUCGGCUGGGGGAUGCUGAUACAGCGGCCACCGUUGAGGAGGAGAUCCACCAGGUGCUGUUCCUCCGAGGCCUGUCCCUAGUGGGCUGGUACCACAGCCACCCGCACAGCCCCGCAGCGCCCUCCCUGCAGGACAUUGAUGCACAGAUGGAGUACCAGCUGAGACUGCAAGGCUCCAGCAAUGGCUUCCAGCCCUGCCUGGCCCUGCUGUGCUCCCCGUACUAUUCCGGCAACCCAGGCCCUGAGUCCAAGAUCUGCCCUUUCUGGGUGAUGCCUCCCCCUGAGCAGCAAAGGCCCAGUGACUACGGCAUCCCCAUGGACGUUGAAAUGGCCUAUGUCCAGGACAGCUUCCUGACCAACGAUGUCCUUCAAGAGAUGGUGCUGCUGGCAGAGUUCUACAAGGGCGCCCCUGACCUCGUGAGGUUCCAGGAGCCUUGGAGCCCAGAGCACACCUACCUGGACAAGCUCAAGAUAUCACUGGCCAGCAGGACCCCAAAGGACCAGGGCAUGUGCCACGUGCUGGAGCAGGUCUGCAGCGUGCUCAAGCAGGGGAGCUGAGGCUGUGCAGGCCCUGCUGUCCUGGGACAGGCUGAUUUCCACCCCAGACUUCCCUGCUGAGCAGAGCUGCGGAGCCCCAUACACCCAAGCCUGACCUAGCCCAUGCCUGAUGCCUCGCUCCUGGUGGGGAGCAGUCAAGGAUGGAGCAGGCCCACUGAGCAGCAUACUGGGCUCUCCAGAAAGGAGGUAAGUAUUGCUGACAGGGCCCCAACUCAAGUGUCCUCCCCAGUCAGGAGCCCCCAGUUCCCCAGAGGCUUCACCACAGGGUGAAUGCCAGAACCCAGCUUCUUGGGUAAGGCUUAUCUAUAAACUACUCUGAGUCCCCUGUCUACAUGCUAACAUAGAAGGGGACAGGCUGGAGAGAUGGCUCAGUGGUUAAGAGCACUGACUGCUCUUCCAGAGGACCUGGGUUCAAUUCCCAGCACUUACAUGGCAGCUCACAACUGUCUAUAACUCCAAGAUCUGACACCUGUACACAGACAUACAAACACCAGUGUACAUAAAAUAAAAAUAAAUAUAUGUUUAAAAAAAUUAAUUAAAAUGGGAGGGGACAUGAAGGAAGGUGGCCAGCUGCUUCACCAUGAAGUAUCCUGGUCCCUGGAGCUAGCUGCAUGUCGUGGGGCCAGAUCCAGGUCUGCGAAGCUCUGAACAGCAAUACGAGGAUGUGGGGUGAGCAGGGUGUCAACAGGAGCCACCACUGUGCCCAGGGAGACAUCACAGGCCCUUAGCACACAUCCCGGGCUCUCAUAACUAUUUGGAAUUUGCUGAUUGUGCAAGCCACUGCCUCCUUUGUGACAGCAGGCAUGAAGGAACUUCCUCUGGCCGACCAGGAAGCCCUGUGCAGCGUGCUGCCAGGGCACGCACAGUGCUUCCCCAGAGCAGCCUUGGUGAGAGGCGCUGGCGCCUGCGCUCACUCAGCUCUCCCGGUGGGAACCCUAAGCAGGUGUCCCUGUGACCAGACUGGGCCCCCAGGGGCACACAUGGAGGAGGCAGCCCUUUGUAGUGGGCUGAGUUCAUGUGGGAACUGAGCUUGGGAGCCACAGGCUGUGGCUCUCAGAGCUGACGGUGUCACCAAAACACGGGCUGCAGCAGAUGCUCCAGGUCUCUCAUGAUGCCCCAGACUCGGGGACAAGCCAGCUUGACAAGGGCUUCUUUCCUGACAUGGCCAAAAGUCAGACACCUGAGGCCCUUCUCUGGGCCCGAGGUGGUCCCCAGACAGUGUGGGGUUUCAGUGCUGGUUGGGACAGCAGGAAUCUGCACCAGGCUCCACACAGCCUGGUCCACUGUCUGUCGCUUCCCGUUUGUCUCCCAAGCUUCUCCAGAGAGCACCCAUGGGAAAGAGCUCAGCACACCGGCCGUCACCAGUGUGUUUGCUACCCUAGGGUGAUGGUGGCCUGGCUGGCACCCCUCACUGCCCCAGGCCUGGCACACAAGGACACUCACAGGCUCUGCUCUUCAUGGGCAGAGUGGAUGACACCCCACAGCCCCUUCCCUUGCUGCCCUGGGAGCUGAGGACAAAAACCUAAGGUCAGCUGAGGUGGGUGACACCUUAGGUCACAAAGGCGGGGAGCAGGCGGCAGGCUCACCCCAGGCUGUACAUCGUCAAAAGGCAGAAAGCAGGGGUGGUUUAGGGAGUCAAGGAGUCUCAGGCAUCCUGGGGCUGCUCUCACUCUUCUGAGCUGGGGCUCCCUAAUACCCUGGGAGCCUCCCACGGCGUGAAUGGUACUGGCUACCCCUGUGUGCACCUGGCAGUGCCUGUCCUGGAACCCACUACCUGGGUGGCUCUUGGCCUGGUCCAUUUAGCUUCUCAUCUGUCGGGUAAGACAGGAGGACUGUGCCUUACAUGCUGGGAAAAUCAACUUCAGAUGAAAACUUAUAAAAAGAAAGAAAACCCAAGCCACAAACAAAUGAGGCCCCAGUCCCCCGAGGCCCACGGGGCAUCUGAAGAACAUAGUCCCAGGGCUGCUGCUCAACUGAGGGGUGGCCCAGCCUGGCUCCACACACACCUGAGAAUGAGGAAAGGUUUCCUGAAUGCAGGGCUGGGAAGUGGCACUCAGCGGCCACUGCGUGCCUCUGGGAGCCUGGGCUAGCUCUCAGGUGUCAGUCCCGAUGCCUGGGCUAGCUCUCAGGUGUCAGUCCCAAUGGAAGUCUUGAACUCCCUCAUGGAGGAAAAAUGGGGGGACAGAUCUAAGGGCCCCGAGCCCCUACCCUUCCGAGGAGCUGUAGUCGUGGGGUCCAGGCUGCUUAUCAUUGGCCUCCCUCAGCAGGUGGGGCUCUGCACCCACCCGCUCCAGUUGUUUUCUGUCUGAAAGGCCUCCCUGGAAACCCCAGGCCAGGUGGACUGUCUGCUGGAAUCCACCCUGCAUGCAUGCAGCCCUGUCUGCUGCACACUUGGUGGCCUUGGAAGCAGCAGGAGUUGGGGCUGUGGUCCAGUUUCCAGCACUCUGCCUCAGCCUGAUCAGUCACCUCCCCAACCAUGGCAGAAGGUUCUGGAAAGUCUGAGAAAGCUAGGAGAAUCUUUUCUGCACCCUUGGGACCUGGAUGGGGGUGGGGGGAAUGAGGUGGGGUGUGUCACAGGACACAAAAGAGGAAAUGAUAGGUUUCUUUGAAGGACACGAGGGAUGGCUCAAACCCUGCAGGGGCACCAAGAUGACAGCUCAGCCUCCUGAGGCUGCAAUCUGCACCUGUCACAGCAGACUUGGGUAGUAAGUGACAGACACAUGGACAGGUCAGGGAGACCAGGUUCUGCAAUCCAGAGUGGCCUGGCACAAGGUGGGGUGAGCGAGGGCAGUAACUGGCACUCCCAUUGCUGGGGGUCUGCUGAACAGUCUGCAGAUGCUGAGUUAGAAGCCACCGUCCCCUGCGAUGACCAGCAGAGGCCAUGAGCACUGGGUAUUUCUUGAGAUAAUACUUAUUGAGAUAAUAAACAAAUGAACAGCCUCA